GAAGCAGUUCACACGUCGGACGCGUCCUCCUUCCUUGACUGCGUUUUUUGCCCAAUCCAAAUGACUCUUAGGUUCUCGCCCAUUAUUCCAGUAACUCUUGGACACACUCUCUGGAAUGUAGGGCUGGAUUCAGGGGUCCUCUGCAUUACACUUUAUCAGGAAUAAAGAAACACAAGGAGGAACUCUGCCAGGAUCUGGAGUCAUCAUUCUACAACUUCUGCACUAUUAUUAUUAUUUUUAUUAUUAUUUUUAUUAUUAUUGGAAUUAUGCACGCCCUCAUGGCACUCCUCAUAGUCGCGAGCCUGCGCCCUGCGCACCAGGAGGUUAUAGAUGACAUUUUGGAAAGUUUGUCUAAAGGAGUCAAUUUCUUUGAGCAGCAGAGCAGAAAUAUGAAUCUGGACGGUGUUGUUGGUUAUGUCAUACUUCAAGCCCAGUUACAGCAAGCCACAAAAUCCCAGACCCAUUCGGAUUCUCUAAACCUGUCGCAGCGCUCCAUCACCGUGUCUCUGGUCAAAAAGCUGGACAAGAGUUUAGCUCUUGCUGUCGCAGCGCUUCAGCAGACGGAUCCUAAAUAUUACAAAGAGUUCGAACCCGUCCUGUCGGCGUCCUUCUGGUCCUUGCCUAACGAAUGGAUCUCCACGGACCUGUCCCUCGCAUACUCUACGCCGAGAUCUGUCGAGUGUUACGACGAACAGCUCGGGGAUAAGUGCAUGACGCUGCUGCUUGGAACCUGGAAAGACGACGGGACGCCGUGCAUCGUCACAAAGGCCUGCAGGGACACAAUGACGCGAUUCGGGUGUCCACACUAUUCCCUGUCGCAUCAGCUGCUCUACUUUAUGAUCGGGACGAUGAAAGGAUGUGCCAGGAUGCUGAAGGGAGAACUCCGGCUGUCACGGGUCAACAUCACCGUGGAACACUAUCAGAAGAUUUUCUGCUCCAACAUGAUGAAAAGCAACCAGGAGAUGAGCAUCAAAGGCCUGACUUGGCAAAUACAAGAUAUCUUCAUGGAGAACAUUCUUUUAUGUGGGCUGGCUGGAUUCUCUGACUUUUAUAAAGCUGCUUGGCUGCAGCACAUUCUGGCCUGGCAGGACAAAGACCUGGGCUGCUUUGGGAAAGAUGAUGACUACUCACAAAUGUUUGAGGAGUUUUUAGACGCAGCGCACAAGCGAGUGAAGAGGAGGGAGAAAACUCUGAAAGACGGAUGCUCGAGUCACACGACAGGCGUGGCCAUGAGUGCACUGGGCGGUUACAUCAACUUUUACCUGUCUGAGCAGGACAUUACAAAACGACCACUGGUGUAAAAAAAAAAAAAAUGACAUCCAAUGAUAUAAAUACACGUGUUUAUUCUGUAGCCAAAAAAAUAUUUAUUCUUUAUUUUUAUUCAACAGUAAAUAUUACGUCAGUAUUAAAUAUUAUAUCGGAGCGACGGCAUUGAUGUUGAGAAACGUUUUAUAGAAAAAGAAAUGAUAAAUAAAUGUUUGUGGAAAUA